UUCUAUUAUCUGUUAUGGUCUCAUUUUCGUAGUGAUUACUACAGAAGCAAUUUGGUAGUGUUGUAACUUCCUCUAAUUUUGCAAGAAAAACAUAUUUAAAAGAUUGUUAACCAUGAAAAUAAGACCACAGAAACACGUCCGUCUGGGAUUCUCGGGCAAAUCAAAGCAGCAGCGCCGAACGAAUCAGCCGAAGACACGGAAGGAAAUCCGCAAGGAAAAGCGCCAACAGAAGAAAAUCAACAGGUUCAAUUACCACAGCCGGAAACGGAAAGAUCGCUUUCCACAGGAAGAAGAUCGUGCAGAAAAUAGUAAACGUGAUGCCGACAGCGAAGAAGAAGAUGACAUCGACGAUGAGGAAAUUGAGUCCGAUUUUGAAGACGAGAUUGAAGAAACGGGAAUGAGUAAAAAGAGUGUUCAGCAGCCCAUGAGUCAGUUGGAGAAGGAACGUCAAGAGGAAUUAAAGGAACUAAAAAGCUAUGAACAUGGAUUGAAGGAUAAACGAAUUGAACAACUCGAGGCUGCGAAUGAGGAGGAUGAUAUGGUUAUCAAAAAAUACGAGAAACUCCUGAAGAUCAAUAGGCGAAAGAACAAGCAAGGAGUACCGAAAAGUUUCAAUGAUGGAUUGGAUUAUGCGUUGGAGCUUUGCUCGGAGGAAAACAUUAAGAAAAUGUACGAAGCGGCGAAGGAGGCAGCUGACAUGAAUGAACAAUCGGAAGAUGAGUUUGCAGAUGACGUGCAGGAAGUUCUGGGAAAGAAGGCUAAGGAAGCUAAGGUCGAAAAUAAUAUUUCCAAAAAGGGAAAGAAGUCUCGGCAGGAGAAGGAGAAGCAGCGAAUGGAAAAGUUGAAGGAAAUCGAAAAAAAGUAUCAAGGAGAUGACGAGUUGGACAGCUUAGGUGGAUAUGACUCCGAAAUGGAGAUCGAAUUGGAUGAAAAUGCAGAGGAUGAUUUUUCUGAUAACGACGAGCUGUAUGAAUCGAAUGACGAUGAAAUAAGUGAAGAUAUGUCCAUUGAAGAAGAUGAUGAAGAGGAACCUGUUGCUAAAAAGCAAAAGAAAAGUAAAUCCAAAAAGGUAACAUUUCAAGAAGAAGAUAACUCUUCCAAACUAAAGAAAAAGCAAAAGAAACAUGAACCAGAACCUGAACCGGAAGAGGAUUCAGAGUUUGACGAGGACGUUUUUGGCGGUGAUGACAGCGAAGAAGAUGGAUUGGAUGAUCUAUUGGAAGGAAUUCAUUCGGAAGGUGAAAAUGACGAUGAAGAUCACGAGGAGAAAGAACAGACAUCCGAUGGGAAAAGUAAAGAAAAGGCAGAAGUUUGGGAAGAUAUCUAUGGUCGAAAACGAGAUAAAAGUGGUAAUGUAAUCAAAGAAGAUUCCGGCAGUGGAAAGUACGUUCCUCCUCAUCUGAGAGCUCGCAUGGAAGCCGAAAAUGGCGGCGAUGCAAAACGUCAGGAGAAAUUGAUGAGACUCAAGCGGCAACUGAAGGGACAAAUCAAUCGACUAGCGGAAACUAAUGUUCACAGGAUUUCAAUCGAGCUCGAUAACUUGUACAUGCAAAAUGCGCGAUUCGAUAUGAACAACACGCUGACGAAUUUGAUAUUGGAAGCGAUAGUGUCUAACAGUCUAUCGCCUGAGAGAAUGGUGUUGGAACAUACGCUUUUGGUUACUAUCCUGCACGCAAACGUCGGUUCGGAGGUGGGUUCUCACUUUUUGGAAACGGUUGUAGAGCGGUUCAACAGUCUUGUCAAGCAAAUCGACGCCUUCGAUGUCGAAGACAAGACGCUGGACAAUUGCGUGUUGAUUCUGUGUCACCUGUACACGUUCCAAAUUUUCAAGAACAAACUUAUGUACGACAUCAUUGAUCGGCUGCUUUGCAAUUUCAACGAAAAAGCGGUGGAAUGUAUACUGCUGGUGUUGAGAUCUAUUGGUUUCGUACUGCGAAAGGAUGAUCCUCUUGCGCUGAAGGAAAUGAUUCAGAAGGCACAGAAAAAGGCAGCCGAAGCUCCAGCUGAAUUGAAGAAUGACACCCGUGUUAAGUUUAUGCUGGAUACGCUUUUGGCGGUUAAGAACAACAACAUGAAUAAGAUUCCCCAAUAUGAUCCUACCCUGGUGGAACAUUUCCGUAAAAUAUUGAAGGGUAUGAUCACAAGCGGAAAGUACGUCAGCACGAUUAAUAUUGGUUUGGACGAUUUGCUCAACGUUGACGAACGAGGCAAAUGGUGGUUAGUUGGGUCUGCUUGGCAUGGCAAAAAGGACGGCAAAGAUGCAGCUUCUGGCAAUAACUCAACAGGAGGAAACGCUGGUGGUUUCAGUCAGCAAUUGUUGGAAUUGGCACGAAAACAGCGAAUGAACACUGAUGAUAAGCGUAACAUUUUCUGUGCUAUUAUGAGUGCAGAAGACUAUUUGGAUGCAUUCGACAAAAUCCUGCGUCUGUCCAUCAAGGACCAACGAGUGAUGGCUACAGUUAUACUGCACUGUUGUCUAUCAGAGAAAGAUUAUAACCCGUACUACAGUAUACUUUCGCAAAAGUUCUGCGAAUAUGAUCGUCGCUAUCAGUUGGCCAUCCAAUAUGCCAUUUGGGAUCGUCUGAAGGAAAUUCAUACCCUGAAGCCAUCUCCAUCGAGGAACAUAGCGAAAUUGCUAACGUAUUUGAUAAGUGAAGGGGGUUUGGCUUUGUCUGUCCUUAAAGUGAUCGAAUUUGCCGAAAUCGAUAAGGUAACCCUACGAGUGGUACGGCAGAUCAUGUUGGGCAUAUUGCUCUUGGAGGAUGAGAACAAAUGUCUGCAGGUGUUUAACAGGAUUGCUCCCAGUUUCAAGCUGAAGGGCUUCAAAGACAGUUUGCGUUUAUUUUUGCAUCAUUUUCUGCUGAAAGGAAGUGACAAGUCGAGUGUUCCAGAGGAGCAACUACAACUGCUGCAGCAGCGAAUUCGAAUGGCCGAUCGGAUGCUGGAUACUUCGGAAUCGCGGGUGCAGUUCUAGGUAUGGUAGAUAGAAUGUAAUUAUCUAAUUAAAUGCUUAAUAUUUGAAGAUUCCACUGUGU